GAGAGCGUCCCUGAAUCUAAAACAGGGAGUAGGGGAUGACUAUUCACUGCACUUCAUCCUAGUUAGUGUUUCCACUUGCCACAUGUUGGAAUUUAAGGUGCUGUCGGGUUACUUAAAAAACCCUUGAAUACACGUGGGAGACUGGGGGGGAAAAAAAAGACUAUACAACUUAACUCGAGACGGAAGUGAACUGCUUCAGUUUCUACUAAUUCCAUGCUUGUUUUCUCUCGGUGCAUCAGUUGGCGCAAUCCUUUCGUUUUUGACAGAAUCUGAAGGUUUCUCAGAGAGAGAAAAGGAGGAAGACGCAAUCUCAGGCGGCUUCCUCCUAAUGCAUUUUGUGAAGAUCACACAGGAAGCAGCGGCUUUGUACAGGAGCAUUUCAUUGCAAGGGGCAAAUCAGACACAGGAAUCAUCGCACCAAGGCUGCUCCCUUUGCAGGGAGAGAACAUUUCGCAAGAGUAGCCCCAGUGUGAGCUCGGGAGGAGUCAGAGGGAGGAUUAAAACCGAGAAGCUGGGGAGUGUGAACCAGUGCCUGUCGCAGGUUUCAGCUCAGAGAAGGGAGAGGUUAUCCACGAUGAAGACCUCCUUCUUUUCUCUCUGCUUGUUGGUGCCCUUUCUGGCUGCUGCCUUUGCGUAUACAUUCGAGCCUUCGGUGGACGAAGCAUGGUUGAACUGGAAGUCAUUUCACAAUAAAGAGUACACUGAGGAUGAAGAUAAUUAUAGGAGGAUGGUAUGGGAGAAAAACUUAAAACAAAUCCAGCUUCAUAAUCUUGAGCACUCUAUGGGGAAGCACACAUACCAGUUGGGAAUGAAUCAUUUUGGAGACCUUACAGCUGAUGAAUUCCAACAAUUCAUGAAUCAAAUCCACCGGCUUGAAAUGAUGAACUCAACCAGGAAAAAGCCUGCUUCAGCUGGGCCCAAACCAUUCCAACUUCCUCAGAGCAUUGACUGGAGGGACAAAGGUUAUGUUACUCCAGUGAAAAACCAGCGGCACUGUGGCUCAUGCUGGGCUUUCAGUGCAGUUGGUGCCCUUGAGGGACAGAUGUUCAAGAAGACAGGAAAACUCAUCUCUUUGAGUGAACAGAACUUGGUCGACUGCUCCAAUGCAGAGGGUAACCUUGGAUGCAAUGGUGGGCUGAUGGAAUUUGCCUUCAACUAUGUUCAGUCUAAUGGUGGGAUUGACACAGAGAGUUAUUACCCAUACACUGCAGAGGAAGGCACCUGUAAGUAUAAUCCCAGUUACAGUCCAACCACUUGCCAUGGCUUCAGGUUCAUAGCCAGAGGUAAUGAAACUGCACUAGCUGAAGCUGUGGCCACCAUUGGACCAAUAUCAGUCGCAAUUGAUGCAAAACAGCCAUCAUUUCAGUUUUACAGAUCAGGUGUUUACUAUGAACCAAACUGCAAUAACAUUGUAUUCAAUCAUGGAGUACUGGUAGUGGGAUAUGGAACGGAAAAUGGACAGAAAUAUUGGAUCGUUAAAAACAGCUUUGGACUAUGGUGGGGUGACAAAGGCUACAUCAAGAUGUCCAAGGACAGAGACAACAACUGUGGAAUCGCUGACUAUGCAUUGUACCCUCUUGUUUAGAAAUCCAAUGAGAGUAGUGUCUCUGUAAAGCAAAACCUACUGCACUUUUUACAAUGUUAAAUAUUUUUACUUGCUAUAGUACAAUUAUUCACUUAUUACAAGCCUUGGAUUAUGAGGAAAUUCUGGCUUCUUCCCUGAAAAAAACUCUGCCGUUCAUGAUGUCAUUAUGGUAAAGUUAAUGAUUUCAGUUGUAGACUCACAUUAUAAUGAGCCUGUCAUUAAUUUUGACACAAAGUAUGGCCACCCCCAGGAGUGAAGUUACCAUUAAAUGUACAUUUCUCUGAAGAAUGUUCUAGCGAUUAGACCACAUUAAAUCUCAGCAGUAAAGACACCAAGCUGCUAUUUUCAAUAUUCCUGACCAUUAUGCUCUGAUUUCAAUUUAGUGGAAUCAUUCAAUACUGGAAUCCAGCUUACCUCACAAUGUUUUUGAUAAUGAAUUGGGGAUCUGUGUUUAUACAAAAGGGAUCAAAUUACAUUUGUGUCAAAUGCAUUGUGCAUUAAGAGCUUGGCUGGGUGUGAGCUACUGCAUUUAAAGUGAUAAUAAACAGCAUGUGUGGCUUUCCCAGAAAUGACUGACUCGUGUAACUUUCUCUAAAGUCCAGUCGGAACAGGCUCCACCCAGUUCAAUGGAAAAUAUUUGAGGAGACUGGCAGUAAUUUAGCGGAACUCUUACCCUCCCACACAAAAAAACUACUGUUUAAAAAUCUAGCAACAAGACUCCCCUGUAGUCAAAUAAUCUAGAGUUGCAGUGAAGCAUACACAGCAGAUGUCACACUUGACCCCGGGUCUGUGUUGAGCUACUUAUAUUGUGUGCAGGCAGUGGUGAGGGAUUUCCACUGAUCUGAGCAAUUCCUGAUCAGGAAACAGGAUGAAGAGUCAUCUAGACUCAAAAGGUUGGCUUGCUGUCUCACUGUGGAUGCUGUCUGAUUCACAGUGAUCUCCAGCACUUCUUGUUUUCAGGACAGAUUUCAGCACCUGCAGUAACUUACUCUUACUAGCAGAUAAUCAUUGAUGACUCACACUCCUGAACUUUCGGUAGAUUUUCUGGCAAUGUGCUAAUGUUUCAAUAUCAGUUGGGAACAGCAUUUUCCCUGGCAUUGCCCCCAUUCAUCACUUGGGCGUAUAUUCAAAGAAUGGCCUGUUAGGUGAGGGACUGGAAGAGGCCUUGAGGUUAGAGUGUGAGUCGGGAAUUGAGCAGUAACUGAUCUCUAGGUCAAGUUUCAUUCAAAACUUGCUUGAUCUUGGCUUUGAGGCAUAACACACUUGCCCUUGUCAUGGGUGAACUGUUGAAAAUAAUGAUGUCUUGGUCAGCACGCUGUAGGAAGACGUUAGUAUGAUGUAGGAGGUUGAUUCAAACUGACUACAACAACAGCUGAAAGAGAUAGAAAGCAACUUGAACGCUGUUUACAAGAAUACUUAAAAAGUGAGACACGAAAGUGUUAGUUAUCAAACUGUUCAAUCAAGCUGAAAGGCUAUAUCUUCGAUAUAUUUGAAGAGGGGUUUGGUCUGGUCCAUAACACAUCCUUUUGGCUAUACGAAUGCACGUGACAGUUAAUGGUGUCAAAUGCUUCAUUAUGUUCUUCUACAACCUGGUGUUUCUGAAAGAUGCCACUGGACAGUGGUCAGAAAUUCAGAGUUUGAUUGCUUUUCACCCUCAGGCCCACACCAGCUCAAUGGCACUGUCCCAAGAAUUGCCUUAUUGAGGCUGAUUGAACAUUGGCCAAAGACCUUACCGUGGGGUUAACUAGUGUCAUACGCAUUACCAUGUUGCAAAGAUAUGCAGCCUGUGACAAUUGAGAUGCAUCAUGAGCUCUGUGCCCGUUUUGGAGACUGUUCCAUGUCACGCGUUGUUCAAAAUGGUUGUAAGUUUCUAAUAACCACCAUUGUGAAAUAACAAGGUGAAAUUCACAGUCUCUGGGGAAAACAAAGAAUAGAACUGUAAUGAUUUAGAAGUACUACUGAGCUCCCUAAACAACCAGCCACUUCCUUGUCUUCAAAAAUUAGUUUCAUAUUACCAUUAUCUACGCUGAUGUUUUACUCGCCAUUCUUAUUUGGAAAUGGUACAGUUUCUUAAUAGUGUUCUCUGUAUCCAUGUUUCUUUAAUUUGUUGUCCUCAGUAUAAAUGUUUAAAGUGUCUUCAAUCAAAGUGAUUUGAUAUUUUAAUAAAAACCUUUCUUCUGAA